AAAUCCUGAAAAUCCCUUACUGUUUAGCUGGUCGGUUUGGUGUCCCGCUGUGGCACAAAGCGAAGCUUCUGCUGUGCCUCAAAUGAAUUUGACAGCCGUGGAUGUGGUAGCCAACACCAAGUGCCAGUCAACCUCGGUUGAGCGCGCGCCAUGGUUAAGAUUUGAAGUGGAUUAUAUCGUUUUGAGUAAACCUAUUGUAUUUAUUUGGAACAAGAAAACAUCUAUCCGACUGAAAUGUGUUCUCAGUUGACUACUUUCAGAGCCAAGUGAGCAACUCAAAAACUACGUGUCUAUCACUGACACUGGAGAGAAGAGGAAUGCGUGGUUUAACAUGGAUAUCGGGCAAAGGAUAAGCAUCGUUAAAAAUUGCAAGAAUUAUAGACAGUCUGUCUUCUGUAAACAGGCGCUGUAACAUGGAAAUAUGGCCGUGUGGGAACCCUAACCUUAUAAAGGCCAGAAAAGGUGCCGGAAAGGACAAAGCCAGGAUUCUGCACACCUGUGGUUGGAUGUGAGCCUAUAUUAACCUGAGACAGUUAAAAUGGAGUUGCUAUGGAAACUGAUGAUGCUGCUAUCAUUUGCGGAGUUCCUUGCAGGAAACAACGUCCUGCUGAGGCCUGUGUUCACCAAACAACCAGGCAGUGUGGUGUUUCCCGUCCACCCCACUGAGACCAUCAGAGAGGUGGUGUUCAGCUGUGAGGCCCAGGGACAUCCACCUCCCUUCUACAGGUGGAAGCUGAAUGACUCCUUCAUUGUACCUAGAUCAGGGUCACGCUAUGCCCUCACUGGGGGCAACCUACGCAUCAGCCAUCUGAACAAAGAGGAGGAUGUCGGGAUCUACCAGUGUCUGGCAACCAACUCUUUCGGCACCAUCGUCAGCAGAGAAGCUAGUCUACAUAUAGCUUACUUGGAGAAUUUCAAGACACAGAGUCGAAGUCCAGUGAGGGUUCGUGAGGGCCAAGGAGUGGUCCUACUCUGUGGCCCACCACCCCACUCUGGAGAGCUCACCUUCACCUGGAUCUUUAAUGAGUACCCAUCAUUUGUGAUGCAAGACACUCGUCGCUUUGUAUCUCAAAAGACGGGUAACCUGUACAUUGCCAUGGUGGAGCCAUCAGACGUGGGCAAUUACACCUGUGUGGUGACCAACACAGUCACCAAAAGUAGCAUUCAAGGCCCCCCCACCCCUUUAGUGCUACGUGUUGAUGGUGUAAUGGGUGAAUAUGAGCCAAAGAUUGAAAUCCAGCUUCCCGACGUCAUACCUGUGGCCAAGAGUUCCACUGUCAAACUGGAGUGUUUUGCACUGGGAAACCCAGUUCCAACCAUUAGCUGGAGAAGAGUGGAUGGGGUAGCAGUUGGACGAAAGGUGGACGUGAACAAGGCCAGCGGAGUGCUCGAGAUCCCCUACUUCCAGCAGGAAGAUGCAGGCCUGUACGAAUGUGUUGCUGAAAACUCCAAAGGGAGGAACUCGGUUAAAGGAAAGCUCUCUUUCUAUGCUCCCCCCCACCUGAUCGAGGAGCCUCGGGAUGCUCAGAAGCCAAUCGAUGACACCCUGGUGUGGGAGUGCAAGGCUAGUGCCAAGCCGAAGUCCUCUUACCGAUGGCUGAAAAACGGCGAGCCUCUGGACACAAUGGAGAUGGAAAACCGGGUGUCUCUUUUUCAGGACAGAGUGCAAGUGAACAACGGAGUCCUGACCAUCAGCAGCUUGAAGCUGGCCGACAUUGGGAUGUACCAGUGUGUUGCAGAGAAUAAACAUGGUCGGGUCUUCACCAACACUGAACUCCGAGUUAUAGCUGUAGCCCCAGAUUUCUCCCAGAACAUGCUGAAGCCUCAGACCCUGGCCAGGCAGGGGGGUGAUGUGCUGAUUGAGUGCAGGCCUAAGAUGUCUCCACAUGGGAUGAUCUCCUGGAGGAAGGGGAAAGAAGCACUCCGAGAGAGCCACAGAGUCUCAGUGUUGGACAAUGGAAGUCUUCGAAUAGCAAACGUUACCAAAAUGGAUGUCGGCCUCUACACCUGCGUGGCAAGGAACCAGUUUGGAGUGGCAAGCAGUGCUGGGAGUCUUUUGGUUAAAGAGACCACCAUUAUCACCAGCCCAGCUGGGCAUUUGGACGUGACAGUGGGCGAGAGCAUCGUCCUCCCCUGCCAAGUCUCCCAUGACCCCACGCUCGAUUUGAAAUUCACCUGGUUCUUCAACGAACAGCUCAUCCACUUUGGAAACCAUGGGGGCUACUUUGAGAAAGUUGGCGGACGCUCAGCAGGUGACAUCAUGAUCCGUAACAUUCAGCUGAGGCAUGCUGGGAAGUAUACCUGUGCUGUCCAGACCAAGGUGGACAGUGUUUCCAUCGCCACCGAUGUGGUAGUUAGAGGUGCUCCAGGUCCACCUGUGGAAUUCCAGGUGACAGAGAUGACAGACAGCACAGCGUCUCUCUCCUGGGGACCGGGUCCUGACAACCACAGCCCAGUCUUCACCCACAACAUCCAGGCCCGCACAACUUUUUCACUGGGCUGGCAGGGAGUCAUCACAGUUCCUGAACUUCUUGGGGGCAAACAGCUGACAGCCACUGUCAUUGACCUCAGUCCGUGGGUGGAGUAUGAGUUCAGAGUGCUGGCAACCAACGCCAUCGGAACAGGAGAGCCCAGCAAACCUUCCAAAAAAUCCCGGACCAAAGACAUGCCUCCCAAGAUAACGCCAUCCAGAGUGAACGGAGGUGGUGGUGGUCGCUCGGAGCUUGUCAUCACUUGGGAGCCUGUCCCUGAAGAGCUACAGAGUGGCCCAGGAUUUGGCUAUGUGGUAGCUUUCCGACCUCAGGGGGCUCAAGGCUGGAUGCAGGCAGCAGUCACCUCCCCCGACGCCUCCAGAUACAUCUUCAAGAACGAGAGCAUCGCUCCCUUCUCUCCGUUUCAUGUGAAAGUGGGCGUGUACAAUAACAAAGGGGAGGGCCCCUUUGGGCCGGUGGCCACCAUCUACUCUGCAGAGGAAGAGCCCAGCAGAGCCCCGGGUAGGGUGCGGGCCAGGAGUGUGUCGGCAUCGGAGGUAGAGGCCACCUGGAAGGCCCUGCCCUGGAGCAACAAUAGGAGACGCAUCCUGGGCUACGAGCUGAGGUACUGGGGGGAGCGGGAGAGACAGGAGACAGCCAGUGUGAUCAGGACCACGGGUAACCGGACGUCUGUGGUGAUCAGAGGCCUGGAGGGCAGCAGAACCUACUUUAUCUCCCUCCGAGCGUACAACAGUGCUGGGGUGGGCCCUCACUGUGCCACAGUCAAUGUCACCACCAAGAAACCCCCCCCAAGCCAGGCACCGGUGAAGAUCAUAUGGAACACCUCAAACUCGAAGGUCAUCCUCAAAUGGGAUCAUGUUAGAGCUCUGGAGAACGAGUCCGAGGUCACUGGUUACAAAGUGAUGUACACACAGGACAGACACAGUCGUCCCAACGUGGUCGAAACCAACACCACGUCUCUGGAGCUGGCGCUACCGGUCAACGAGGACUAUGUCAUCCAGAUCAAACCCUUCAGCGAGGGAGGAGAGGGGAGUAGCAGCAGACAAAUCACUAUUCCCAGGAUAGCAGGUUCAAUGGCCAUUGGUGCAGCCCCGGAGUUAUCAGCGGUAUCCAUGGUCAAUAUGCUUGCACUCUAUUUCACAGCCAGGACGUUCCUAUGACAAACAGCUCCUGGACCACACUGCUUUCCAUGAGGACACUGGACAAAGAGGCCAUGUAUCUUCUUCCUCUAACAGAUACCCCCUUUGUUGACAAUAUAUUUCCCUCAAGCCUUUCAUGGGAGAUAUUGAAAGUCCAGCUUGGAAACUGUUACAUAAGCAGUGUUGAUAAACGCUGAAAUUACGUUGUUGCCGCUUUCUGUCUUUUUAAAAUGUUUUCCGUAAAUGGAUAAUCUCAAAAGCGUUUCUUUAUGAAGACGAGGAGAUACGAUGCACAAGAAGCUGUGUACGUUUCAGGAACCCCUGUGAGAGCUUGGGUCCCCAAAAAAAAAGGAGACUGCUACUUUCUAACAUAAUUUGGAUAAGGGUACAACUGGCGAGUUAAGAUGCCGCUGACCCUGGACAGUGUGAAGGGAAUUAACUCACACACAUGAAAUGAGGCUACGUUCAAGAGACCCAUACCUGCAGUGAUGAUUGUCAUUCCCUGAAUCCUCAAAGACUGUAUCUAGGACACCUACUGUACUGAAAAGAUUAAGAAGAGAACCUUGUUUCACUGGUGACCGCUGCAACUACCAGGGUGUCUUGACAAACCUCGUUAUGUCAUGGCCUGGUUCGGGACCUAUGUUCCUUUUCCUGGAAACUGCACUUACUCUUACAUAAAAUAAAAUAUAAUAUUAUGUGCCAUUUAGCAGACGCUUUAGUCCAAAGCGAUUUAUAGUCAUGCGUGUGUACAUUUUACGGAUGGAUGGUCCCAGGUAUCAAACCCACAAUCCUGCCGUUGCAAGCGCAAUGCUCUACCAACUGAGCGACAGAGGACCUCAUAUACAGUGCCUUGCGAAAGUAUUCGGCCCCCUUGAACUUUGCGAUCUUUUGCCACAUUUCAGGCUUCAAACAUAAAGAUAUAAAACUGUAUUUUUUUGUGAAGAAUCAACAACAAGUGGGACACAAUCGUGAAGUGGAACGACAUUUAUUGGAUAUUUCAAACUUUUUUAACAAAUCAAAAACUGAAAAAUUGGGCGUGCAAAACUAUUCAGCCCCUUUACUUUCAGUGCAGCAAACUCUCUCCAGAAGUUCAGUGAGGAUCUCUGAAUGAUCCAAUGUUGACCUAAAUGACUAAUGAUGAUAAAUACAAUCCACCUGUGUGUAAUCAAGUCUCCGUAUAAAUGCACCUGCACUGUGAUAGUCUCAGAGGUCCGUUAAAAUGGCAGAGACCAUCAUGAAGAACAAGGAACACACCAGGCAGGUCCGAGAUACUGUUGUGAAGAAGUUUAAAGCCGGAUUUGGAUACAAAAAGAUUUCCCAAGCUUUAAACAUCCCAAGGAGCACUGUGCAAGCGAUAAUAUUGAAAUGGAAGGAGUAUCAGACCACUGCAAAUCUACCGAGACCUGGCCGUCCCUCUAAACUUUCAGCUCAUACAAGGAGAAGACUGAUCAGAGAUGCAGCCAAGAGGAUGAUCACUCUGGAUGAACUGCAGAGAUCUACAGCUGAGGUGGGAGACUCUGUCCAUAGGACAACAAUCAGUCGUAUAUUGCACAAAUCUGGCCUUUAUGGAAGAGUGGCAAGAAGAAAGCCAUUUCUUAAAGAUAUCCAUAAAAAGUGUCAUUUAAAGUUUGCCACAAGCCACCUGGGAGACACACCAAACAUAUGGAACAAGGUGCUCUAGUCAGAUGAAACCAAAAUUGAAAUUUUUGGCAACAAUGCAAAACGUUAUGUUUGGCGUAAAAGCAACACAGCUCAUCACCCUGAACACAUCAUCCCCACUGUCAAACAUGGUGGUGGCUGCAUCAUGGUUUGGGCCUGCUUUUCUUCAGCAGGGACAGGGAAGAUGGUUAAAAUUGAUGGGAAGAUGGAUGGAGCCAAAUACAGGACUAUUCUGGAAGAAAACCUGAUGGAGUCUGCAAACGACCUGAGACUGGGACGGAGAUUUGUCUUCCAACAAGACAAUGAUCCAAAACAUAAAGCAAAAUCUACAAUGGAAUGGUUCAAAAAUAAACAUAUCUUGGUGUUAGAAUGGCCAAGUCAAAUCCAGACCUGAAUCCAAUUGAGAAUCUGUGGAAAGAACUGAAAACUGCUGUUCACAAAUGCUCUCCAUCCAACCUCACUGAGCUCGAGCUGUUUUGCAAGGAGGAAUGGGGAAAACAUUUCAGUCUCUCGAUGUGCAAAACUGAUAGAUAUACCCCAAGCGACUUACAGCUGUAAUCGCAGCAAAAGGUGGCGCUACAACGUUUUAACUUAAGGGGGCUGAAUAAUUUUGCACACCCAAUUUUUCAGUUUUUGAUUUGUUGAAAAAGUUUGAAAUAUCCAAUAAAUGUCGUUCCACUUCAUGAUUGUGUCCCACUUGUUGUUGAUUCUUCACAAAAAAAUACAGUUUUAUAUCUUUAUGUUUGAAGCCUGAAAUGUGGCAAAAGGUCGCAAAGUUCAAGGGGGCGGAAUACUUUCGCAAGGCACUGUAUCGUUAUAUAUGGACUGUUAUAUACAGUAUAAAUUAUAACAUUUUGAGCCAACAUGGUUCCCAUCCACCCAGCCUCAUAAUACUGGCAGCUGCAGUACAGUCAGCACCAAAAUGGCUUCUGGUAGGAACUACAGUGUGGUGGAAAGCCGAUAGAUGGAUGUCUUUUCUCUCCUCACCUUUCCCUUCAUUACAAGUGCAUAAAUAGCCACGCUAAGCUGUGUGAGCCAAUUUCUUGUACACUGUAUGUAUGAAAUCCUCAGGUCCCAAAAUGAGCCUUAUGUCUAUUAUUGUUGUUUUUAUUGUUAUUAUUAUUACCGUGUUACUAUUAUUUAUUAUUCACAUGUGUGUAUCCAGAUAUUGUUUUAGAAAUGAUCCCAAUUUUAUUAAAUGAGAACAUGGUUCCUUUGGACAAUUUUAUGUUUUAUGUUUGAUCAUUAGUGCUCAGAUAUGCCUUUUUUCUUAUGUCUUUCAUGAUUUGCAUUGUAAAAGAAGUGGCAGUGUUUAUUGAGUUUUUCAAACAUUGUGCAUAUUCCUACAGUCAACUGCUGUUUGGCAUGAAAGUGGUCAAUGUAAGUGGCUUGGAAUAUUUUAAUGGAUCAACCUGCUUUUAAUAAACAUAAUGACAUUU